UCGGGUGGUUGAUAAAUUAGCAACACGACGCCUUAUAUAAAUAUCGUUCUUCUUCAGCGAGCAGUCGUGGUUCCUCUGUAGAAUCAUGGCCGGCGCUCUUUCUUCCUCUCUGCCCUUCUCCAAACUUCCUCCAUCAAUUUCCUCUUCUAAAGUGACCGCCGGCGUCCUGCCAUCUUCACUCACUUUCACUCAUUCAUUUUCUCCACAACUCGGAUUGCCCCGCAGAGCCCCUGCAUUUUAUCCGAUUAAGUCUAAUGGGUCUCUUUUGUCUUCUCAAUUUGGCGACCAAUUCGAAGAUCAAGGCCUGCAAAUCUCAUCGGAAAAUACCCGCUCCCAACUCCAAGUCCGAAGCUGCAUUUGGAAUUGGAGGGGUUACUCUAUUCGCUACCAGUGUUCAGGAGAUCAUGGCCCUGCAUUGAUAUUGAUUCAUGGUUUUGGAGCAAACAGUGACCACUGGAGGAAAAAUAUACCUGCCCUUGCUGAAUCACAUAGAGUUUACGCUGUUGAUCUUAUUGGUUAUGGAUACUCAGACAAGCCAAACCCAGAUCUAGUUGGGGAAAGCUUUUAUACAUUUGAGACAUGGGCUUCCCAGCUGAAUGAUUUUUGUGUUGACGUGGUUCAGGAUGAAGCAUUUUUUAUUUGUAACUCGAUAGGAGGCGUAGUUGGUCUGCAGGCAGCAGUUAUGAAACCGCAGAUCUGUAAAGGUAUUGUUCUUCUAAACAUAUCUUUACGCAUGCUUCAUAUCAAGAAGCAGCCUUGGUAUGGGAAGCCAUUGAUCAAAUCAUUUCAGAGUUUGCUGAGGAAUACUGCUCUAGGAAAAUAUUUUUUUAAAACUGUUGCAACCCCUGAGGCUGUGAAGAAUAUUCUUUGCCAGUGUUACCAUGACACCUCCCAAGUUACAGAUGAACUAGUGCAAAUUAUCCUAAAUCCCGGAUUACAGCCGGGUGCUGCCGAUGUCUUUCUGGAGUUCAUUUGUUACUCAGGCGGGCCCCUUCCCGAAGAACUUUUGCCUAACGUGAAGUGUCCUGUAUUGAUCGGAUGGGGUGACAAAGAUCCGUGGGAGCCGAUUGAGCUUGGAAGAAAUUACAAAAAUUUCGAAUCUGUGGAAGACUUUGUUGUCAUUCCCAAUGUUGGACACUGUCCUCAGGACGAAGCACCUCAUUUAGUAAAUCCGCUCGUCGAGUCGUUUGUGACUCGUCACGCUACAAGCUCUGCACGUAAUUCCUCAGCUGUAUCUUCAUAACCCGGAGUUCCAAACCUUGGCUUUGGAAGUAUGUUCUUUGAUCAUCUUGAAAUUCCUAGUGAACACCUUCUAUGAUUUACGCCUCCUCAGAACUGUCACUUGCCUUGCAUAGGAGAGCUGAGUCCUGGAUUUUGGCUGUAAAGUUGUCACACAAUCAAUCUGUACAUCAGUGCAAGGAUAUCCCUUGAUCCCUCUCCCUUCAUUCACACACACACAUACUCAAACAACACCAUAUACCUUAUUGUGUACAAGUUAAUGUACCAACUUUUUCCAUUGAACCAAUAAUAUAGCGUUCUCAUCGAAGCGCCUAUAGGCUAUAGCCAACGAAAGGCUACUUCUGAAUGUUCACUGAUAA